GAGCCACUUCUUCAACGGUGGUCAAAGGCAAAAAAUAGGUAAUCUAUAAUAUACACACACACAGGGGCAAACGGGCUCCGACUCGGAGUCCGAGCCUGAGUCAGCCGCAGAGUGCCUACGCGUUGGCCAGAUCGUCGAGCUAAACUCGGACAACAAGCUCGAGAUCUACCAAAACCGGAAUGCCGAAGGGGCAGCGCAAUUGAUCUAAAGACCAACUUCAAGUUCAAGUUGAAGGCGCCGCGGACUCUGUCUUAAUUUGAAGGCUGGAGAGGUGCCGGGCGACCCGCCAGAUGGGGGGCCGCCGGGCGCCUCUCUACUACAUCGAGCCAUCGGGUGACAGGACCAGCUGAAACUGUCUAGGUACCUUUGGUAAACUUGCCUGCCGUUAUUCUAAUCAUGUCGUGUCACACGGAGGGCAAACGUCGACAGCUAUUGGAACAAGCUGAGGAGCUGAUCAAGACUUACAACCCAAAGCGAACAACUCUUGAAUCGCAUGCGAACGAAUAUCUGUCAAUAAAUAAGCUCAAUGCCAAUGAUGCGGAUGGAGCGUUUCUCAAGGAAGUUCUCUAUGGAGUAAUGCGCUGCAAAGCAGCCUUGAAGGUAUUCGCAGCUUGCUUUUUCAACGACAUGUCAGCUCGGGUACUUCGUUCAGAUUAUACCAUGUACAUGAUACUGACAUAUCUCAGUGUGUUUCGGCUCCAGGAGCUAACAAUCUCAGAGUUCCGCAAGUUUGUACUGAGCAUUGACCCAGAUAAGAUGGUAAAUUUUCUAGAAUAUGUAUUCAAUGCCUCGAGUCUGGAGGACAGUGGCGUAGUUGCACACUGGACCAAGAUAUUUGAUCCAGAUUAUGUACGCAAUACGUUACUCAAACAGUUGACAUCUUCUUCACUUGAAAUUCAGCAGAUAAUUGCUGAACUACGCGACAAGUCGACGGGUAUUACAGCUGCAAAGCAGGCAUGUAAGGACUGUGGAACCAUGGUCAUGACACCAGGUCAGAGAAAAGAAGUUAAGCCGCCCAAACUCACGGCUCCUGUCCCCCGAGUGGUACCAGAACCAUCAGUGAUUGAGCAGGAAUUAAGUUGUAAGUCUUCUGGAUUUGUCGCAGACAUGACGCCUGAGCGGAGAGUAACUGGGAAGUUAGAAAAUACGAUCUGCCACCCAAUAGCGCUGCACGGGACUAGGUCGACCGUCUUAGUAGCUCAAGAGGCAAUGGAAACAAAAAGGGUGGAUCAGCUAGAUUUCUCAAGGACAAACGGCAGCAAGGGCAAAUGUGCAUCAAGCGUUCGCUUUCGGAGUGCACUCAAACAUCGACGCAGCGCCCGAGGGGAACCUGGGGCUAAAGAAAUCAUUUAUUACGCGCAUGCGCAUAGGUGGCAAUGGUAAAACUAAAUGCAGCAACUAUGUUCCGGGAGGAUGCACUGUUUCGCACAAAGCAGGAACAGGAGGCCGUAAAUAUUAAUACAUACGAGGCAGAGCUUAGAGAUUGCGCCGAUUUUUAUCACUGGCAACUGGAUAUGCGUGCUCGGGACCAGAAGACACGCUAUGAGCAAAUCGCGCGAACUCGGGAUCUUGCCAGAGCGAGUGCAGAAGAGGCACAGCAAGCAAGAUUGGACAAACUGGUGCACAAUAGGCAAACUGCGUUGCUCGGCGUUGCGGAACGCGACGCGAUGCAGACGCAACUCUGCCUCGAGAAAAACCUGAGUUUGCUCAAAAAGCGCCAGCUAGUGAGUGCACUGAAGCAGGGUCGCACGCAUGCACGGCAGCAUGCGCUUGAGGCGAUCUUGAUUGAAAAACGUGAGUUUCGUACAAAGCUACAGCAAGAUAUCAAAUGCCGAUUACACGAACAGGAUUUGCAUGACAAGAAACGAACCAAAAUGCUGACUCAACGUGUAAAGCAGCUUAAAGCAGAGCAUAGUGUGCAUUCAAAGAAUAUGAAUAUCUUCGACCCAACAGAUGCCAGUGGUUAUGGUUUGCUUGAUGAGAUGUCCCUGGUGGAAAUGCAUCAACGACUUGCUAAAAACAAAAAAAGGGCAGAUGAAGAGCGCAAGUGCAGGCGUUUAGAUUUCAUUGAAGCCAACAGGGCCAAACAACACCGCUUGAUUGAACGGAUUGAAAAUAUAAAAAGGAUUCGCGUUGCAGCUGCAGCAAAAAACCAUCAGACAAAGCAGGGACAUAUCGAGCGGCUGUCGAAUUUUAAAGCAGACCUAAGACACCGCGAGGCUUCACUUCUGUUGAAACUCGGCGAAGAUUUCAAAAACAAGCAACAGAAGCUUAUAGUCGAGGAAGCGCAGACCAAUAAAAACCAACACGUUACUGGUGCUGAUAAAAUGGUUAAGGAACGCAUUGCUCAAGAAGAACUUUUACAAGGAGCAGCACGCAUGGCCAAGGUUGAUCAACGCAAUUGCUUGGGGUUGAUGGCAAAGUACGAGGUAGGAAAACGCAGGGACCGUCGUCAAAUUGAUCGCAACCACGCACUUGAGAAUGAGGCGCAGAAAAAAGAAAAAACAAGCGGAGAUACACGUGUGGCAGAGGGAACUCGGGAAAUGAUGAAGCUGCAGAAACAAGUAAUCGCCAAAAAGAAAGCGGCGUACUUAACGCAGAAAAAGUUACAUUGGGAAAAAAUGCGAACUAUUGUGGAUCCGUACACAAGACACACAAAUCUGCUUUCCAUCACUCGCGCCAAGCGACACCUGGUGACUAGUCAAUGAAGUUUUUAGCGUGCUUUAUUAUUCUAGUACUACUAAGCGGCGUCACUUGUCUGGGUAACUUAGGCAGUGCUCGGGUGCAGAGCCACUGGCAGCAACUUCAAGUCGAGGUGACAAUAAUGUGUCGAAGACAGAAUUCAAUAUAAUGCUCGACGACCCUGGUUGUUCCUCGAGAAUUUGUCCUUCUAUCCCGAGCUACGUCUCUUGUCAAUUAGGUCAAUAUUGUCUGGAGUUCAUAAUAGGAGACGCCACGCGUUAUUGAAGAUGCGCUUUUGUUGCUUUUUUUGUUUCUUUUUUGAAACCCUGGUUGGUAACCUGAUGGGCGGGGUCUUCUAUCUUUCCUGGUGUCGAACUUCGGGGAUCAAUCUAACGGCCUAUCGAACGCCGAUGCACAUCCGGCGUUAAGUUAGUGGCUCCUUCGUCUGCUGGAAUGCAUACGUACGUCCUCGACCGGUAGGCCUUACGUCGACCGGCAGACUACAAGCUUUCGUCCGGCCGGCCGCUGGUUUGCACACGGCGACGGACUAUUGGUCGACUUCUGUAGCAGCGAUUUUGAGAUCUAUUUGCGGUUCGCUCAUCCGUUUGCAAUUUACCAACUCGGGUUUGAUCUUUUAAGGUCCCUCUAAAGCACGGUGACGACUUUGGGGGGUCCGAGCACGCUCAGGGACUUCGAUUUUCAGUUCCCCGGGGUACCUCUGUUGCUUGCAGUCAUAGUUUAUACUAGUAAAUUACACUGGCACAUC